CUGACGGAAGUCCAGCCAUCACCACCUCCAGGGGAUCAGUGUGGUCAGGUGGCUCAAUCCUUCCUUCCCCAACACAGCGGGCAGACAGAGCUGGCCCAGCCGGUCCACAGCAGCUCCUGCUCCCCAGUUCACCCUCAGUAAGGUGAGGAAAGGGGGAAUUGGUCUUAAAACCCUUCUAACAAAUGUCACUCUCUUAAGGUCACCAUCUUCUUUUAUUAUACAAGAAAGGAGAGUUCCUAUCAUAUACAGGAAAGAACAUGUUCUUUUGGGUAUUAGCCCUCCUAAUCUUUUGUGGUUUUCUAUGGAAUUAUAAAAGGCAACUAAAGAUUGCAAACAUCACUGAUAAGUACAUUUUCAUUACCGGGUGUGACACGGGUUUUGGAAAUUUGGCGGCCAGAACUUUUGAUAAAAAAGGAUUUCAUGUAAUUGCUGCUUGUCUGACUGAAUCAGAAUCAACAGCUUUAAAGGCAGAAAGCUCAGAAAGGCUCCACACCGUGCUUCUGGAUGUAACUGACCCAGAGAAUGUCAGGAGGACCGCCCAGUGGGUGAAGAACCAAGUUGGGGAAAAAGGUCUCUGGGGUCUGAUCAACAAUGCCGGUGUUCUCGGAGUGCUGGCUCCCACCGACUGGCUGACAGUGGAGGACUACAGGGAACCUAUUGAAGUGAACUUGUUUGGACUCAUCAAUGUGACAUUAAAUUUGCUUCCCUUGGUCAAAAAAGCUCGAGGAAGGGUUAUCAAUGUCUCCAGUGUUGGGGGUCGGCUUGCACUUGGUGGAGGGGGCUAUACUCCAUCCAAAUAUGCAGUAGAAGGCUUCAAUGACAGCUUAAGACGGGACAUGAAAGCUUUUGGUGUACACGUUUCAUGUAUUGAACCAGGAUUAUUUAAAACAGGAUUAUCAGAUCCAGUAAAGGCCACUGAGAAAAAACUUGCAAUUUGGAAACAUCUGUCUCCAGAUAUCAAACAACAAUAUGGAGAAGGUUACAUUGAAAAAAGUCUAGACAAACUGAAAGGCACUAAUUCCUUUGUGAACAUGGAUCUAUCCCUGGUGGUGGAGUGCAUGGACCAUGCUCUCACAAGUCUCUUCCCCAAGACCCAUUAUGCUGCUGGAAGAGAUGCCAAGACCUUCUGGAUACCUCUGUCUCACAUGCCAGCAGUUUUGCAAGACUUUUUAUUGUUGAAACAGAAAGUAGAACUGGCUAAUCCCAAGGCAGUGUGACUCAGCGGUCAACAAAUGCCUGCCCCCAGGCUAUGAGAUUGGCUGCUUUCAAGGACACAUCUCCUUUUUUGUCUCAUUCCUUACCUAAUCCAACCUGGACUCAUUUAGCUCAUGCUUCUUUUUAAAUAAAUGAAGGGGUCCUACCACUA